AUGGGCAGCCCGCCGCCACGCGCGGGCAGCGCGGCAGUCGGCGCGGGCGCCGUUGGGGCCGGCCUGGCGUCGCCCGUGCUGGUGGACACGCGGGGCCCCGGCGCGCGGGGCAGUGGGGUUGGAGCCGUCACCGGCGCGGAGCCGCUGUCGCCCUUCACGGCGCUCCUGCAAGGCGGCGGCCUCGAGCCCGCCCCGGGGUCGGGGCCCCUGCCGCUGGGUUUCCAGAGCCCGUUGGGGGCGCCGCUCGGGGGCGCUGCCGGGCCCUCCCGCGCGACAAACGAAGCAGGUGCUGGCAAUGGCGGCGGCUACCCCGGCGUCGGCUGCUGCGGCGGAGCAGCGGCGGCUGAGCUGGAGGAGCUGCUGGCCGGCCUGGCCUCACCCCCACAGCGGGGCCAACAGGACGCCGGCGGGCGCCAGGGCUGCCCCUGA